CGACACUUGAGAUCGGAAGUCGGCCUGCAUGGCGGCGCUGGUGCGGGUUGUGUCGUGUCCCUGCCGCGCUGCGCUUUUCACUCGAGUCGCUUCUGGUUUGUUGUUCAGGACUAAACGGCAGCAGGAGGGAUUCAAUCUUCACCCCUUCAGUCAUCAUCAAACCACCAGAGUUUUAUUCUCCAACAUUCAGCUGCAAAACUCAGCAGAAAUGUCAGUUUCUUUCUCCACAUCAUCAUCAUCUUCAGAAGCCAUGAGCCAGAGGAUGGUGUGGGUGGAUUUGGAGAUGACGGGACUGGACAUAGAGAAGGAUGAGAUUAUUGAGAUGGCGUGCAUCAUCACAGACUCAGAUCUCAACAUCGUUGCUGAGGGUCCGAAUCUGAUCAUCAACCAGCCGGACAGUCUGCUCGACAGCAUGUCGGAUUGGUGCAAGGAGCAUCACGGGAAGUCAGGGUUGACGCAGGCGGUACGUGACAGUAAGAUCUCACUCCAGCAGGCUGAGUAUGAGUUCCUGUCCUUCAUAAGACAGCACACGCCUCCGGGCCAGUGUCCUCUCGCAGGUAACUCUGUGCAUGCUGAUAAGAAAUUCCUGGACAAGUACAUGCCCCAGUUUAUGCGUCAUCUCCACUAUCGUAUCAUUGAUGUGAGCACUGUCAAGGAGCUCUGCAGACGCUGGUUUCCAGACAUGUAUAAACAUGCUCCUCAGAAGAAAGCUUCACACAGAGCGCUGGAUGACAUUCAGGAGAGCAUCAAAGAGCUCAAGUUUUACAGAGCGACCGUCUUCAAAAGUGAAGGAGAAGAGAAGAAAAGGAAGAUUGUUGAAAACGGAGAGAGCAAACACGCAGCCUAAACACACACCUGCUCUGGCUUUGGAGAGUGAGCUUAACUUUGCACGUGGUGUAACCGUGUGUGUGUGUGAGCAGUUCUGUGUUCUUUAUUUUAUAAUUUGGUACGCGACUGAUUUCCACGUGUUCUCUUAGUUCUCAUUAUAACUGAAGUUAAGAGCAGAAUUUCUUUACAGGUUUGUUCUUGACGUGUUUUGAUUUUAUUCAUCCUGAUGUGAUGUUGCUGUUUUGCUGAAUCACAAAUACAGAAUGUGAAUGCUGAUCUUUCUCGCUCCAUUGUUGUCCUCUGUUCUUCUUUCCUUUUUAAAUAAAUUCCCUCCUGUGCUGAGUGUCUUUAA